AUGUUCAUGUCCACAGAUAGUUGUUGGUUCGGAAUAUCAGCCACUGUGCUACAAACCAACGGGCGACACUGGAUACUAGGCAGGUGGCCUCAAGAGCCGAUGCUCUCCUCAAGUCGACUCGACAACCGGAAAGAGUAUGCUUGUAGUGACGAAUAG